GCUUCUGAAAUUUAGAAAGACAUUUUAGUCUUAUUUAAUAUUGUGAGGUUGGGGGUGCAUGACUGGUCUUUGCACAUGUUUUCAUAAGCAGCCCAGCUAUUGUGGGGGCUGAAAAUGUAUGGGAGAGCGCCCAGAUUUACGCACCAGCCCCUGGGAUGCACCACAUCCAGCGUGGGACCGGGAUCGUACGCAGUCAACCCUGUCAAAACGAAUAAAUCAGACAGCUACGCCCCAUUUCUGUCACUGACCAGCAGGGAGGCGGUAUUCCCCAAGACUGGCGACGGUGAGAGCUGUCCUGGACCUGGCCAGUACGAUCCAUCCCCUGUGAAGAAGCACAUUCUGGGAGGGAGAAGCCUUCAGAACCGGGCCAAACGCUUCGAAGACCCAGUUUCCGAGGUGCCUGGCCCAGGAACGUACAACGUGGUGCCCGACAUCUUGGCUGAGAAGGUUCCUCCGAGGACAGCAGCGAGGGACAGGACUGUUUGCUGCCCCAUCCGGUACUUGUGGCACCCCAACAUACCCUCCAUUCCGUCCCCGGGCCUGGCCUUUGGGUACGAGGAGAAUGAAGAGGGCACACUGUGCAAACAGAUGGUGCCACCCAGGGACCACACGCUAGGCCCAGCUUUUUACAGCCCACUGCCGACAGAGAACUCGUCAUUCCAGAAGUACAAGGGGGUGCACUUUGGGAAGAUGACCGGGAAGCGGACUGAGGUGAAGGUGAUGAGUGGACCAGGACCUGCUGAGUACUACCAGGACACGAACCGUACGACAAUCUACGAGAACGUCAACUUGAAGAAAGAGUGCAGGGGCAAGGCUGAGCUGUUCCUGCCGCGUUACCAUGAGAUCGUGUGCCUGCAGGAGGAGAAGAAGGGUGUCCCUGGUCCAGGACAAUACAACAUCAGAGGCAUGUUUGAGAAGCCCUCGUACAAUUACACCACCAUUCCACCAGUCAGACCACCCCUCCUGUCCCACAUGCAGUGUUCCACUUCAGCAAAGGAAAUGGCGCCCCCUGUGGGUACCUACGAUGAGCCGCACUGUAUCCCGGACCCCCCGAAGAAAGACUUGGCAGUGACGUGCAGCCCAUUCGCAGGCCGUUGGACGGCGGUGCGUUUUCUCCCUGAGGAUAGGAAAUGCACUCCAGGCCGCAGGUCGUACAGCCGGUUUUGGAAUGGCUUGGCUGAGGGCAGCCAGAAGAAAGCCCACCUGGAGAGCAUCCAGCAGGGAGAGUUUGACUCCAUGACUCAUAGCCCUGUCUUCAGCAAGAAGGGGGAGGGGCUCAUAUCCGGCCCCACCCACUACAAGAUGAGGCGUUGAUUCACUGUUGUUCAGAUGUGUGCCGGUUGCUAUGGCACCAGAUCUGCUGCCUGGAGGAGUCAUGGCCACCAUCCGUUUUCCUGUUGGUCUUUGACUUUGUUUUGGUUCCAUUCCUUCUUCUGGGUUGCAUGUUCCUUUUUUCUGGUUCACAUGCCCAGCAGCUGUGGAGGGGCAGAGGAGGGCAUUCAGAGAUGACUGACAGAGACUCACUGGAGGACAGGGCUUCAACAUGGGCCACCUGGAGUUUAACCAGGCCCCUUGCAAAACCUUCACAGCUGGUGAAGGACAGAAGUAUCUCCCUUGUGUUCCAUUCAGUUCCUACUCCGGGAACCAUGAGAAAAUACCACAAACGUCUCUCUGUGCCAUUUCAUUCACUCUAUCUCCU